AUGAGGUUCUCUCUUACGUCGACUCUUGUGGCGACGCUUGCUGCUUCGGCAACGGCCAACAGCUGGUUUGGGAGCGCUGUGUACGACAAGUGGCAUGAGUCGGAGCUUGAGCGCUGGCUGAGCGACCACGGCAUCCCUCACCCCAGCCCCUCGGACCGCAAGAACCUUCAGUCGACUGUCAAGGCCAACUGGAAUGACAAGGUCGUUUCUCCCUACACUAGCUGGGACGCGCCUACGCUCCAGAAGUACCUGACUCUCAAGGGUCAGCAGGCGAAGAAGGGCACCGAGAAGGACGCAAAGAGCCUCGCCGAGCAGGUCAAGGUAUAUUGGACCGAGACCGAGGACUCUGCCAACCAAGCCUAUGGCAACGUUAAGGACUGGAUCUUCGACACCUGGUCUGACUCUCAGCUCAAGGCGUUCGCCGACAAGCAUGGUAUCCCCGUCCCCCAGCCUCGCCAGCGUGACUCUCUCCUUGCAGCCGUCCGCGACAACUACCAGUCGGCUGCUGAGAAGGCCAAGGAGACUGCCAACUACCCCGGCGACUGGCUCUACGCUUCGUGGUCCGACUCUGAUCUCAAGGCCUGGUUCGACGAGCGGGGCUACACCGUCCCCCAGCCCAGCACUCGUGACUCCAUGAUUGCUGCUCUCCGCCGUCAGUCCCGUCUUGCGAGCAUUCAGUCUCAGGACGCGUAUGCCUCGGUCUCUUCUGCUGCCGCCAACGCUCAGCAGAGCCUCAGUGAUGCUCUCCUCGACUCGUGGUCUGACAGCCAGAUCAAGGAGUGGGCCGACAAGAAC